AUGGCCAUGGAAGUCGUCAAGCACGGCGAGGAGGAGGAGUUCGCCAUCAAGCCGCAGGCCUCGCUCCCCCAGCUGGACACGAGCAGCUGGCCUCUGUUGCUCAAGAACUACGACAAGCGCAACCCUCUGAAGCGAGACAUCAAGUCGUACAUCUCCAGCGGUGUCAUCAACCUCGACAAGCCCUCCAAUCCCAGUUCCCACGAGGUUGUCGCUUGGGUCAAGCGAAUGCUUCGCGUCGAGAAGACUGGUCACAGCGGAACCCUUGAUCCCAAAGUUACUGGUUGUUUGAUUGUUUGCAUCGACCGUGCUACCAGACUCGUCAAGUCUCAGCAGUCGGCUGGUAAGGAGUAUGUUGCCGUUAUCCGUCUUCACGACAAGCUCCCCGGCGGCCAAGUCCAAUUUGCCCGUGCUCUCGAGACCUUGACCGGCGCCCUCUUCCAGCGUCCACCUUUGAUCUCGGCCGUCAAGCGUCAGCUGCGCAUCCGCACCAUCCACGAGAGCAAGCUCAUCGAGUUUGACAAUGACCGUCAUCUCGGUGUUUUCUGGGUCUCGUGCGAAGCUGGAACCUACAUCCGUACUCUCUGCGUCCACCUGGGUCUCUUGCUGGGCGUUGGUGGUCACAUGCAGGAGCUGCGCAGAGUGCGCAGUGGUGCCAUGGACGAGACCAAGGGCAUGGUCACUCUGCACGACGUGCUUGAUGCUCAAUGGACGAUGGACAACACCAGGGAUGAGUCUUACCUGCGCAAGGUCAUCUCUCCCCUGGAGACUCUUCUCACUGGCUACAAGCGUAUUGUGGUCAAGGAUAGUGCCGUCAACGCCGUCUGCUACGGUGCUAAGCUCAUGCUUCCCGGUCUUCUGAGAUACGAGUCCGAGAUCGAGGUCCACGACGAGGUUGUCCUCAUGACCACCAAGGGCGAGGCUAUUGCCCUUGGUAUUGCCCAGAUGUCCACCGUUGAGAUGUCGACAUGCGAUCACGGCGUUGUUGCCAAGGUCAAGCGGUGCAUCAUGGAGCGCGACCUGUACCCCAGAAGAUGGGGACUGGGGCCCCUGGCCUCGGAGAAGAAGAAGCUCAAGGCCGACGGCAAGCUCGACAAGUACGGUCGUCCCAACGAGGCGACUCCCGCCAAGUGGGUAUCCGAGUACAAGGACUUCGGCGCCGUCGAAGGUGCCACCGCGGCUGCAGCGUCUGCCCCGGCCACUCCCCUCAAGGCGGUGGAGACGACGACGGUCACCACUAGCGUCGCUGUCACCCCUGCCAACAACGAGGAUGACGGCGAGAGCAAGAAGCGCAAGAAGCACGAGGGCGAGACACCCGACGAGAAGGCGGAGCGCAAGCGUAGGAAGGCCGAGAAGAAGGCCGCCAAGGCGGCGAAGAAGGCGUCCAAGUCAGGCGGCGGUGAGGAAGAUGACGACAGCGAGUAA